GGCCGCGGGGGAGCGGGCCAGCGCGGCUGUGGGCCGCCGCCGAGGAGGUGAAGGGCAAGCGGUGAGGACCAGUAGGCCCGAUGGGGCAGCGCUCCCUCUCUCCCCCAGCCCGUGGAGAUGGUGGGGAAAAGUUAAGUUGCGUAGAACAUAGUUCCAUAGCGUAGAACGGCGGAAGUGCCCGGACUCGGCAGGAGUGUCGUGUAGCCAGGCAGCUCGCCUGCCGCGGUCGUAGACGUACCCCGGAGGUUGGGCCGCCGGGCGGUGCCGUAGCGCUGCUUAUUUGGAUUUCUCUUACUUGGUGUCCUCUUGAGUGUGCAGAGCAACUUUUGGUGUGGUGGGAGAAGUCUGAGCUCUCCUCGCUCUGCACUUCUGUAUCUACAGCCAAGCUUUAAGCUUGUCGCCCUGCGUCUGGGCGGGGGCCCCAGAUCCCGGGCACCGGGAGCACUUUGUCUCUUGAGUGUGGUUGUCCAAAACCUGGUGAAUCCCGUAACAAUUGUUCGCCAGCUGUCUCGUAGAUGGACUCUUUUGAGUGCGUGCUCUGAUUCCCAACAGUUUUAAGUCUUAGGGCUUCAUAGUCUGCAGAUUUCUUGUCUUCCAUUUUCUUAAGCCAGUUUUUGGUAAAAAUUUCCAUGUCCCCCCCCCCCCCCCCCCGGUCCCCGGCGGUUGUCACGCUAGUUUCUUGCUUCCCACAGUCACCAGCCUAGUUCAAACCCCUGUGUUCUCAAACAGGAUGGUUUCAGCGGCCUCCUGGAAGUCCUAAACAGUUCAUCUUGGUGUACCGUUUUCCUGUUGUGAUUGCAUCAUGGAAAAUCAGUUGGCUAAAUCAACUGAAGAACGAACAUUUCAAUACCAGGAUUCUCUUCCAUCUCUGCCUGUUCCUUCACUUGAAGAAUCAUUAAAAAAAUAUCUUGAAUCAGUCAAGCCAUUUGCAAAUACAGAAGAAUAUAAAAAAACUGAAGAAAUUGUCCAAAAAUUUCAAGAUGGUAUUGGAAGAAAAUUGCACCAGAAAUUACUUGAAAGGGCAAAAGGAAAAAGAAAUUGGCUGGAAGAAUGGUGGCUGAAUGUUGCCUAUCUGGAUGCUCGUUUACCGUCACAACUGAAUGUCAAUUUUGCUGGUCCUGCACCUUAUAUUGAACACUACUGGCCUCCAAAGGAAGGGACUCAGUUGGAAAGAGGAAGUAUAAGUCUUUGGCACAACUUGAACUACUGGCAGCUAUUAAGAAAGGAAAAAGUGCCUGUUCAUAAAGUUGGAAAUAAUCCUCUAGAUAUGGAUCAAUUCCGAAUGGUGUUUUCCACAUGCAAGAUUCCAGGGAUUACUAGAGAUUCAAUUAUGAAUUAUUUUAGGACUGAGAGCGAAGGGCGUUCCCCAACUCACAUUACGGUGCUUUGUCGAGGCCGAGUCUUUGUCUUUGAUGUAAUGCAUGAAGGAUGUUUGAUGACCCCACCAGAGAUUCACAGGCAAUUGACAUAUAUUCACAAGAAGUGCCAUAGUGAACCCGAUGGACCUGGGAUACCAGCAUUAACCAGUGAGGAGCGAACCCGAUGGGCUAAGGCACGAGAAUAUUUGAUUAGUCUUGAUCCGGAGAACUUGACUAGGUUAGAAAAAAUUCAAAGCAGUUUACUGGUGUAUUCCCUAGAGGAUAGCAGUCCACAUGUAACGCCAGAAGAUUAUUCUCAGGUAACUGCAAUGAUUCUUGCAGGAGAUCCAACAUUACGCUGGGGAGACAAAUCUUAUAACUUGAUUUCCUUUUCCAAUGGAGUAUUUGGCUGUAAUUGUGAUCAUGCUCCUUUUGAUGCAAUGGUUCUAGUAAACGUCAGCCAUUAUGUUGAUGAGAAAAUUGUAGAGAAUGAAGGAAGAUGGAAGGGUUCAGAAAAAGUACGGGAUAUAUCACUUCCAGAGGAGCUCGUUUUCACUGUGGAUGAUAAAAUCCUAAACAACAUUAAACAGGCUGAAGCCCAAUAUCUCAAGCAGGCAUCUGAUCUGCAGAUUGUGGUGUAUGCCUUUACAUCUUUUGGCAAAAAACUAACCAAGAAGAAGAGGCUUCACCCUGAUGCAUUUAUUCAGCUUGCACUUCAGCUGGCCUAUUAUAGACUUCAUGGACGCCCUGGCAGCUGCUAUGAAACUGCCAUGACCAGAUACUUUUAUCAUGGCCGCACAGAGACUGUGAGGUCAUGUACAGUAGAAGCAGUCAGGUGGUGCCAGUCCAUGCAGGAUCCCUCUACUAGUCCUCUUGAGCGACAGCGAAAGAUGUUACAAGCUUUUGCAAAACAUGAUAAAAUGAUGAAAUAUUGUUUGGCUGGAAAAGGAUUUGACCGUCAUCUUUUAGGUCUUUUACUCAUAGCAAAAGAGGAAGAUCUUCCAGUUCCAGAACUCUUUACAGACCCACUUUUCUCCAAAAGUGGAGGAGGUAGAAACUUUGUUCUCUCAACAAGUCUGGUUGGGUAUUCAAGAGUCCUGGGAGUGGUGGUUCCCAUGGUACACAAUGGCUAUGGAUUUUUCUACCACAUCAGAGAUGACAGGUUUAAUGUGGCCAGUACAGCCUGGAAAUCCUGCCCAGAAACUGAUGCAGAAAAGCUGGUUCAGCUGGUUUUUCAUUCUUUCCAAGAUAUGAUGCAGCUGAUGAACACUGCUCACCUUUAGAGACUAGUCAUUUAUUAAGCAUUUACAAAAAUAUUACACUGGGUGUGGAGAGUGGGUUGUUGAUGUGAGAUAGGAAUAUUGAUUUAAGGAAACUUGUUAAAUGUAGAAAUAGGUAGAAUCACGUUUUUUAAAUCUAUUCUCACCUAGAAGAUAAAAAUAGGAUUUUUAAGCUUCCUCUGAUGCAGUAGCAAUGCAAAUUGAUACAAUGAGAUAUAGCAUCAUGCGAAAGUUGAAGAUGAGCCUCAACAAUGCAAGUCUACAAUUUUUAAUAAUGCAAGUCUUACUCUUAACUUACAAAUAUUUUUGUUGGUACCUGUAUAGGUUAUAAAUCCUCUGACCAUCAUUGUAGAGUCUGUCUUCCAAGCACUUUAACAUUUUCUAGUUGCCAAAGGAUAUAAAGUACAUGAUGAAAUGCUAACUCCCCAUGAAAUCAUUGCCUUCCACAUUCAGCACAGGGAUACAAGCCUGCUUUGUUUGAUGGGAAAGGCCACUACAAUUCACUGGUCAUUUAAAAGAAUUUCUGUUGGAUAUAAGAAUUAGAGGGAGGUUUAUACCCUGUGAUGCGUAUAGACAAAAAACCUAUCAAAAUUCAUUAUAACUAGUUUGUGAAUAUAUAAAAUGAAAGCACAUAUUUAGAGUUGGCGACUUUAAAAAGAUUAAAUGUUGAAUCAGAUUCUCAGGAUUUUACAGGGUUUUUUUCCCUGCUGUUCAAAAUAGAAAAUAAAGCUGUCAAUCCUAUAGCUUCUUGUAUGGUGUUUGGAUAACUAAUCGAUUCCUGUUUGACCUUCUACUUUCUGAUGUAACUUAGGUGCUGCUGUGUACACCACCGAAAACUAACGGUCUUAAAUCAAUUGAUUAUUUCACACGAUGGUGUCAGUUGACUGUGCCCAGUUGGGUAGUUCUUCUGAUCUUGCUGUAGUUUAAUGUGGCUGCAUUCACUAGGGUGCUGGACUGAGGCUGUAAAGCCCCCACUCCCUGGGGACUUGGUACCUGGGACACUCUCCACAUGGUCUCUGAUCAUUCAGUAUUCUAGCCUUGACUUCUGUACUUGGCAUUGGGAGUGUUCCCAGAGAGAAAGGUAGAAUUUGCAAGACCUCUUAAGGCCUAGGCUCUGAAGUCACCUGAUGUCACUUGUUUUAACCAAUAAAAUGCCAAAUAAGUUGCAAUAGCAGUGUAGAUUCGGGGGGAGGGGUGUCAUUUCUUGAUAGAAGAAACAGCAUUUUUUUUUUUAGUUUUUUAAAUGUUUUUAUUUAUUUUUGAAGGAGAGAGAGAGAGAGCAUGAGUGGGGGAGGAACAAAGAGGGAGACACAGAAUCCAAAGCAGGCUCCAGGCGCUGAGCUGUCAGCACAGAGCCCGAUGUGGGGCUUGAACCCACAGACCGUGAGAUCAUGACCUGCCCUGAAGUCAGAAGCUCAUCCGAGCCACCCAGGUGGCCCCUGUUUCUUUGUGAAAAGUUGAGUGGGCUUCUUUAGCAAUGGAUACAUCCUUAACAGUUCAUAUUUCCUCCUAUUCUGUACUUUGGCCCUUUUUCCUCAUUAGUACAAUUUUAUAGACUACAUUGCCAUGGGAUUUAGAAUCAUUUGGUUCGCUGUUGUUGAAUAAUGUCUAAAGACUUGGGUAUUUUAGAGACUAUUCACCUCCUGCAGAGAAACCUCUUCUGUCCUACUUUAACACGUUUCCCUAACCUGCCUGAUGUAAAAAUCAUCUGUAAUGCUUUUUACAAAGAGCUUUCUGGGUCUCAACCCAACUGGUAGUAGUAAAAUUUUCAGAGGCUUUUGAGUCACCACUUGGGUAUUGAACCCCUUGCCCUAUUCUUCUCUUGGUUAAUCUGAAAUUUAGUCCACUACCCACAUGGUUCCAUGUGAAAAAAAUCUUUGGUAAGAUCUGGUUUGUUACAGAUAGAGGAACGGAGCUGGGGCAGUUUAUUUACCUAAAGAGCCUGUGACAGAAGUGAGAAUGGAUAGUGCCUCAGUAAAUUAUAAACAAAUGGGAAAUUAAGGAAAAACCUUUUAGUAUGGUUACAAAGGUUGCCUAGAUUUCUUUUCCCUAUCUCAACAUAUUCUGGGCAAAUUAGGAUUAGUGAUAAAAAGUAAUAGAGAACCUAGCAUUUUAUUGUUGUUUCCAAUGUUUCAAAUUACCCUUGAGAUAACUGCAAUUUUUAUGGAGUUAAAAUUUUAAUUAAUGUUCAAUUUUUUAUUUUACAGGAACAGAUGUGUGCCUGUGAAGUUAGCUUGUGUAAGAAUCUCAUUUUCUCUUGGACUUUGAUGAUAAAGUUGGGAAUCCAUUCUUUUGGAAAAAACAAACCUCAGGUCCCCAAAAGAAUAGUUCAGAAACUCACCAAGGUAGACAGUAGGCAGUGGAACAAUGAAUGUCUUUUUCCUUUUUCUUUGGAAAAUUUUCCAAUCUAUCCGGUCAUCUACCCAGCUAUUCAGGACAGUAAGAAGUUUCCCUGUGUCUGUGCUGUUAGCUCUAUAGCUUUAUUUUAUUUGAACUUGUCUUUUCUCUGUAUGUUUCUGAUAACUCAACAGCUAGGCUGCCAUUUUUAUACCUCAAGACAGGUGUCACUUGUAACUCCUGAAUUUGCACUGCUAUAGUAGCAGCAGCAAAUCAGAUGUUCUAAAACUUACGGAAUGAGAUACAUCUGAAUUAUAUGAUUAUUUGUAAAAAAACGAUUUCUAGUUUAAAUCAGAGAAAGCUAUAAUUUGAAUCUAUUUUUAAGAUGUAACAAGAGUUCAUAAGUUCUGUGUCCCAGCCUGGACACUGACCAUGGAAAAGUAGAUGCCUUUCUGAGCCAGCAGCUGUUGAUGUGUGCCAUGCUCCUUGACCUUGCCAUUCUGAAACACCACUAUUAGGUCUGCGUUCUGGAUGGUGGACAGGCGGUGAGCGAUCACGAUGCAGGUGCGGCCUUCUCUGGCUUUGUCCAGGGCUUCUUGCACAAUCUAAUGAUCAAUCAGAACAGAAACCUUAAACUUUCACCAUCACAGAAGAAUAUUUUACUUUUUAUAUUCUCAUCUCUGAAUCUUUGAGUCUUUGGUUUUAAUGCAUGUAAAUUUACAUAAAUGGCAUUUAAAAAGUAUUUUCUUUUUAAUUAUAAUAAAAACCGAUUCUCACUAAA